AAGCUGCUGGAUGUUGGAUUGGAGGUGUAUCCAUAUUCCCCAGGAGAAGCUGAAGAUGGCACAGAGGAAGCAGUACAGAUAACCCUGAGGCUCCCUCAUAAUGUGAUUUAUUUUAAAGUGCCUGUGGUAUCCCAAUGGGAUCCUGCAGGCCAGCAGUGGAGAACUGAUGGCAUCAGCAACACAACCUAUGAAGCAGAAGAAAAGAGCAUCACCUUUAGCAUGGGUGCCUUUUACACAGUAGCCCUCCUCCAGGAUGCUCACCUGAACCUGCCCUAUCAGGCCUGGGAAUUGCACCCUGCCGGUGUGGAUGAAGGACUCUUCACAGUUACUGCAGUCUUUGCAACCAUUCAGAUACAAAUUAAGGAUAAUCAGUGUAUGUUGUCUUCAGUAGUGGUGGAAGAAGAGGAGGUGCUUUCCCACAUCACAGGAAAAUGGAUGAGUCCUUUCGCCCUCAGAGCAGCUUUGAAAAGAGCUGGAGUGAACAUUUUCCCAGCAGGGUACUCUCCCAAGUAUGUCCCUGUGCCCAGGAAGGCUGCCCUGGCAGAACUGAAGGCCUAUGAACAGAUGGCUCUGCUUGCAGCCGCUUUUGCUUUUGCUCACAGCAAGUGGAAUGGAGAAGCAGGGCCAGAGCGAGUCGUGUUCAAGGCAAGGGAACAUCUCACAGCAGGCUCUGCCGAAGACAAUGACUGGUCUCUUUUUAUGUUCAACGGUGAGAAAGUACAAAACCUCAAGCUCGCUGAGACCAGUGAUGCUUUUUCAGAAGAGCUGGAAGAAGAGUCUGAAUUCCACUCCACACUCUACCAUAUGCUCAAGGCUUCUGCCAGCAGUGAAGCCAUGGAUAAGGUGGAAAGAGCUGGCUUCCUGUUUAUUGAUUCAGUGUAUCAGCUGCUCCUUGCUACCAGAGUUUUAGCAUACUCUUAGAAUACUGCAUGCUUUCUUUUACAGCUUUAUUAUCAAAAGCUUUCAGUAAAGUUACAUUUCAACUCUUUAAUCAUUUUCUAUUCAAAACAUUGAAACAGAUUCUGAAAUGCAAACAUAUUAUAUUUGUUCAAGCAAAAUAAACUCUUACUCAAUUGGGGCUAGACCACCUAGACGUGUAUUGUUAGCUAUAUUCAAAAUUGCAGUUCUGUGUUAACCUCAGUAAAACUGAGACCCUUUUAACUACUUUUAAAGAAUACUUCUGUCAGAAUGGGAAAAAGGUUAUUUUCAUUUCCAGUCACGCUUUAAAGAAAAAAUACUUCAUCUCCCCACGCCCCUGCCAAAAAUACCCAGAAUCCAACAAAACAAAUCCAGACAUGUAACCUUAAAUAAUGCCAGGCUGGAGCAGGGUGCUGACAAGGCCAAGAUUCUGAACUCAGUCUCCACGUUCAACUCGAACCUCGUGGCCCUUUCUAACUCAUAAUCUCCUACGCUCAGAAAUAAAGAAAUAACAGCUUUCACCAGC